AUGGCAAUUGUCCAACUAAAAGUAUUGACCCUCAAGGAGAGUUCCAUUUACAAGGAAAUGCUGACUAGAUCAAAUCUUCAAGUCCUUAACGAUCUUUUCAACACCAUCUAUCGAGACCACAAUGGAGAAGACAUUGAAGUCAUCUAUUGCUUGGAUGAGGAAGCUCUGGCAGAAUUUGAUGAAUUUGACGAGCAAAUUUGA